AUGUCCUUCCGCAAGUUUAUCACUCUCUCCACCGGUGCUCGGAUGCCCCAGAUUGGACUGGGCACAUGGCUCUCCAAGCCCAAGGAAGUCGAACGAGCUGUCGAAAUUGCAGUUCGCAAUGGCUAUCGUCAUCUCGACCUGGCCUUUAUUUAUGAGAAUCAAGAUGAGGUUGGAGCAGCCCUCAAAAAAGUCAUUCCCUCUGAGGUUCAGCGCGAGGAGCUCUUCAUCACUUCCAAGCUGUGGUGCAACGCUUUCCGUCCAGAGGAAGUCGAGAAGCAGCUCGAUGAAGGACUCGCACAGACCGGCUUGGACUACUUUGAUCUCUACUUGAUUCACUGGCCUGUUGCCUUCAAAGCAGGCAAGAGUCUUUAUCCUCCAGACGAGAGUAACCCUGGUUGGGUUGAGAUCGAUCGUGGCGUGACGCUCGCAGAGACAUGGAAAGCCAUGAACGCGCUACCAAAGAGUAAAGUUCGCGCCGUCGGAGUGUCCAAUUUCUCGGUCGCGGUCUUGGAGGAGCUCAUCAAAGCCACUGGCAUUGUCCCGACCGUCAACCAGAUCGAAGCGCACCCUUUGCUUCCACAAGACGACUUGGUUGCAUAUUGCAAGGAGAAGAAUAUCCAUCUCACGGCAUACUCACCUUUGGGCAAUAACUUGAAAGGAAAGCCCAAGCUUACCGACUACCCAGAGGUUCAAACUAUCGCUAAGCGGCUCGGUGCUACCGAGGCUCAAGUGUUAAUAGCUUGGGGUGUCUCUCGAGGGUAUUCAGUCAUUCCAAAGAGCGUUCAAGAAGAGCGUAUCAUCUCGAACUUUCAGCAAGUCGAGUUGAGCCAGGAAGAUAUUGACACGCUAAACCAACUCGGAAAAAACAGCCGUACGCGGUUCAAUAUCCCGCAUCAUUACACUCCCCGUUGGAACAUCAACAUUUUCAACGAGCCGGAAGAGGGGACUGCGACCAACAAUCCAUUGGUCUCGUGA